UUCUUGAAUCUACAAGUACUGGUCUUGCAUAUCGUUCUUCCACAUCUAAAUUUUAUCUACUUGAUUGGAAAAGUAAACUCAUAACAGAAUUUUCUAUCGCAAAUUCAGAUUCAUCAUCAAAUGAAAAUAGUCAGAUUACUAUACAUCAUCAAAUAACAUGUUCAUCAUUUAAUGAACCAGUUCAAAUAGCUGUAUGUGAACAACAUCAAAAUUCUUUACUUAUAUGUGACAAUAAUACAUUCUUAAUUGUUGAUAGUCGUACAGGUGAUUUAAUAAAUAAGAUAGAUACACGUUUAUUUGGUAUUAAAACAAUAAAAGGUUUUACAAUUGGUUUACAAGAUGAAAUUAUUGUUGGUGAUCAUCGUAUACAUAUUCUAUCUUAUGAAGGAAAAUAUUUACGACAAAUAUCAUCAUUAACACAACAAUAA